AUGGGGGACCUAUUUUUCCCGAACGAAAUGCCAGACUUCGUGGCAGAGCCACCGGCGGACGCGGGACCUGCGUCCCAAAGGCCCACAGACUCGUUCAUGGAGCUCCUCCACCUUCCCUACAAAACACUCUCCGACACACUCAAGAGCUCCGCUUUGGACCUCAAAGAAACGGCUCCUCGGGCCUGGUAUGAAGCAUUCUAUACGGCCAUUCUCUCCUUAGGUUUCUCCUCUUCAUCUUCUGACACAAGUUUGUUUAUCAAACAAGAUUCUUCUAUCAUUUUCAUUUUAGUGUAUGUUGACAAUAUUAUCAUUACUGGUAGUUCAUCCUCCGUUUGUCAAUCUCUUAUUGCUCAGUUACAACUCAUGUUUCCUGUGAAGGAUUUAGGUGAUAUUCACUAUUUUCUGGGUAUUGAAGUCCAACGAUCGGCUACAGGGUUGUUUAUCCACCAAUCCAAAUAUGCUCUUGAUCUGUUAAAGAAAACUGAUAUGCUUGGUGUCAAGCCUUGUUCCACUCCUGCUGGUUCUGCCAGAUUGGAUCACUCAGGCUCUCUUCUCCCUGAUCCCACUUUUUACAGAUCAACUGUUGGAACUUUACAGUACCUAACCUGGACUCGGCUUGAUUUGGCAUUUGCUGUGAAUCAAGUCUGUCAGUACAUGCAUUCUCCUCGCACUAUUCACUUGCAGGCAGUAAAACGAAUCCUUCGGUAUUUGAAGGGGACACUUGAUGCUGGUCUAUGGUUUACACCAGGUUCACAAUGUCUCACUGCGUGGUCUGAUGCAGAUUGGGCUGGUUGCCCUGUUGACAGAAGAUCAAUGAGCGGUUACUGUGUUUUUCUGGGUCCUAAUCUAAUAUCCUGGAGUGCAAAGAAGCAAUGCACUAUUGCACGGUCUUCUACUGAGGCUGAGUACCGGCCUCUAGCCAACACAGUUGCUGAACUUAGCUGGGUUUGUAAAAUCCUGCAAGAUCUUUCUUUCCCUCUUCUCCGGACUCAUGCCAUCUUCUGUGACGACAAAAGUGCUAUUGCAUUAGCAUUUAAUCCUGUGUUUCAUGCUCGGACCAAACAUGUGGAAUUGACUACCACUAUAUUCAUGAAAAAGUUCUUGGUGGCCAAGUCAGUGUGCAUCAUGUUUCUUCUACUCUUCAACUGGCUGACAUUUUUACUAAAUCCUUGCCCUCUGCUCGUUUUGCAGAAUUGA